AACUGACCCCGCUUUCCUGUAGGCCACAUUCCCACCCACCGCCCCGUCGGCCCAGGGCCCGCCCCUCGCGUCUUGCGUCAUUCGGCGGUGUCAAUAAAGUUGCCGCGCUUUGUAGUUUGCGGCGGACAACAUGGCGGCCUCCGUGCUGGGCUCGGUGCUGCGGACGUUCAAGCAGAUGGUUCCUUCAUCAGCUUCAGGCCAAGUUCGAGGUUACUAUGUAGACUGGAGAAUGUGGCGUGAUGUGAAGAGACGAAAAAUGGCCUAUGAAUACGCAGAUGAGAGGCUACGUGUUAAUUCACUCAGGAAGAAUACCAUUUUGCCAAAACUUCUACAGGACGUGGCUGAUGAAGAAAUUGCUGCCUUCCCCCGGGAUAGCUGUCCUGUUAGAAUCAGAAAUCGAUGUGUUAUGACGUCCCGCCCGCGUGGUGUGAAGCGGCGCUGGAGGCUUAGUCGUAUCGUCUUCCGUCACUUAGCAGACCACGGCCAACUUUCUGGGGUCCAGAGAGCGAUGUGGUAAUUAGCUCCAGAACCUACUGAGCUUGCAGGGAAGCUGGUUCCAGCAAGAAAAGACGUAUUUAAUAGACCCAACCCUAAUCUUUACAUGGGCCCAGUAUAGUUGUUUAGUCUACCUGAUGCUAUCUAUAAACUACUUUUAAAAUGAAGAAAUUUGGGUGUGUCAUGUCAGUGAAUUAUCUCUUCUCUUGGACUUAAUAAACAUACUGUUCCCAUACAUGGUGCAAA